AUGAAAGAUAAUUUACCGGAAUUAAUAAAAACAUUAGAAUUUAAAAUUGGUCACAUGGAACAACAGGCGAGAGAAUGCAACAUAGAAAUAUCCAACGUACCAGAACGGCGUAACGAAAAUCUUUUGGCAAUCACAACUAAUCUUGGUGCCGCAAUAAAUCAAAAAAUAUUAUCAAGUGACAUCGUAUCUAUACAUCGAGUGCCCCACGCCUCACGGGAGGAUACCCGUCCCAAAAAUAUUAUAGUGAAAUUCACCACAAAAAUUUUGCGUGAUAAUGUACUUGCUGCAUGCCGUCUCAAAAAAGGACUCAACUCUGAACAGCUAUCGGUGUCUGGUUCAGUACACAAAAUCUAUGUAAAUGAACAUUUAACAGUGAAAAAUAAAUUAUUGUUUCGUGAAUGUCGUCAAAAGGCAAAAAUUCAAAACUAUAAAUACGUGUGGGUUAAAAAUAGUGUUAUUUUAUUACGUAAGAGUGACAACUCACCUGUCUUGGCAAUCCGUACGUUACAUGAUGUGGUCAAAAUUAAAUAA